GAAAACCCUUUCAAGUAUUUAAUUCUUCUUAUUCUAGUUUCUCUCAAUUUUUUCUUCACAAAAGCUUUAUUUGUUUCUAUAUCUUACAAAAAUCUUCUUUGUCAUCGGUUUCACCAGCUCGACUCUGCAAGCAUCAUACGAAACUGUUUUAAGACAGAAGCACCCGAAGAUGAUGAUGAAUUGAUGAUAUAUGAAGCCAAGUAAGCGUGAAGAAUCGAAGACUAUGAAUAUUCUCGAAUCCUUUCCAAUGAAAAACAAAAGACCAACAACAACAAGAAAUACUCAAAACCAGGUUCCCUCAAAAGAAGUUAUGAGCGAACCAUCUAGUCACAAUCUUCACUCCAGCUCCCUAAGUGAUGUUGCAGCUGAGACCGCAGACAAUAUUAGGAACGAAAUCGAAGAAUGUAUUUCGAAGUACAUGAGUUUUGAAGAAACGGUGACAUAUAUCCGUGACAAUCACCAGAUUCCUCUCUAUAUCACCACAGCGAUUUGGGAGGGGCUUCAGGAACGGAGUCCGGAGUUUUUCAAACGUUACUACUUAAACCUCGAAGUAUUGCGUCAGAUAAAGAUGUGCAACAGUUUCCUUCGAAAGCAAGCAAUUUUGAUGUUGGGUGAUGGUCAGUUUGAUAUUACUACUGCACCACCUGCAGUCAUGAAUUUUCUUGAUCAAAUUCUCUUGGAGGAACUAGCUAAUACACCUUCUGAUAUGUCGUCAGAGAUGAGCCCUUCAAGCUUUGCAAUGUUGGCAUUGGGUGAUACAAAUGGUCCAACAGGUAACAAUCUUGGAACUCCAACCUUUGCACCACCAACUACUGAUCAAUGGUUAACAUCCAAUGUUAACCAGUUGCAGACUCCUAAUUGUCAGCAAAAUCAAUGGUCUACACCUUAUGAUCUUCCUUGUAAUCUUGGAGCUCACCCCAUUGUACCAGCAGCUUCAAAUCAAUGCCCUAUAUCUAAUCAUCUUUCCUAUUACUAUCCUGCAUUUUCAACAGUUGCACCAGAAGCUCCAUCCGUUGCACAACCACCUGCUGUCCUAUGUGGCAUGUCUACGUUUGGUUUUGGGGAAAAUAUUGAAAAUGGCGGCUCAUAUUUCAAGCUCAUUGAUCCUUCAUUAGCAAAAAUGCUAACCCAACCCGAGUACCCGCUACAAGACCCAUAUGGACAACACCAGCCGCCAUAUCUGCAGCAGAACUUCUCAGUAGAAGAGUUACUGCCAUAUGGAGUAACCAACAACGAGCUGCCAUAUGGAGGAAACAACAACGAGCUGCAAUAUGGAGUAACCAACAACGAGCUGCCAUAUGGAGGAAACAACAACGAGCUGCAAUAUGGAGUAACCAACAACGAGCUGCCAUAUGGAAGAAACAACAACGAGCUGCAAUAUGGAGUAACCAACAACGAGCUGCCAUAUGGAGGAAACAACAACGAGCUGCAAUAUGGAGUAACCAACAACGAGCUGCCAUAUGGAAGAAACAACAACGAGCUGCAAUAUGGAGUAACCAACAACGAGCUGCCAUAUGGAGGAAACAACAACGAGCUGCAAUAUGGAGUAACCAACAACGAGCUGCCAUAUGGAAGAAACAACAACGAGCUGCAAUAUGGAGUAACCAACAACGAGCUGCCAUAUGGAGGAAACAACAACGAGCUGCAAUAUGGAGUAACCAACAACGAGCUGCCAUAUGGAAGAAACAACAACGAGCUGCAAUAUGGAGUAACCAACAACGAGCUGCAAUAUGGAGGAAACAACAAGGAGCUGCAAUAUGGAGUAACCAACAACGAGCUGCAAUAUGGAGGAAACAACAAGGAGCUGCAAUAUGGAGGAAACAAGUCAAACAACAACGAGUUGCAAGCAGUAAUACCCCAGCAGCAGCAGCAGCAUCAUCAGGAAAAAAAGACAAUGGAAAAAGCAGAGCGACAGAAUUUAAUACCUGAGUCUAAUGAUUCAAACAAUUCAAAUAGUGGUGAUAGCACAGUAACAAGGACUCAAAACCAGCAUGAUCCUUCAAAGGCAACAGCAAAUACGAGGUAUCUGAAAGAGAAUAGAAGAGCAACCUCAAAAAAGUGAGAUGACGAAAGAAACUUGCAAACAGUAGUGGAUUUCUUCUUUGUUUUCUUUUCUUGUUAUAAACCCACAAGAAUUUUU